CUUACUCGGCAAAAUUCCCACCUUAUUCUUUUUUACUCGGCAAAAUUCCCACUCUUCCAUACUUGGAGUUGCAAUUGUACAAACACUUCCAUUCGGAUAAUAAAAACAUCCUCUAUAGACUAUAGAGCAUAUAGAAAUGGCUUUAUUCUCCUUAACCUCGUCGUUCCACACCCUCAACCUCCCAAACUUCCGCCACUCACCUCCACGUCACCACCUCUUUGGGGUAAAAAUCAAGUGCUCCGCGCCUACAUCAUCCGCCAUGUCAAAAACCACAUCAUCCACCGUUCAAUUCGACCUCCGCAAUUAUUGGACGGCCCUGAUUGAAGAGAUCAAUCAGAAACUUGAUGAAUCUAUUCCAAUCUCUUACCCUGAAAGAAUCUGUGAAGCUAUGCGAUACACUGCCCUCGAUAAAGCCGCUAAGCGGGCCCCACCCGUCAUGUGUAUCACCGCCUGUGAGCUUUUCGGCGGUCACCGUGAGGCCGCCUUCCCUACUGCCUGUGCCCUCGAAAUGGUUCAUGCUGCCUCUCUAAUUCAUGAUGAUCUACCAUGCAUGGACAAUGACCAAGUAAGACGAGGCCAUGCAGCAAACCAUGUUGUCUAUGGGGAAGACAUGGCAAUUCUUGCAGGAGAUGCACUUUUUCCUCUUGGCUUCAGUCACAUUGUCUCACAUACCUCACAGGAACUGGUCCCGGAGACACGCGUUUUGAGAGUCAUCGCAGAGAUAGCCCGAACUGUGGGAUCCACAGGUAUGGUUGCAGGCCAAUUUCUGGAUCUUGAAGGUGGGCCAAAUGGUGUGGACUUUAUUCAAGAAAAGAAGUUUGGGGAGCUUGCCGAGUGCUCAGCUGUGUGCGGAGGAAUUUUGGCGGGUGCCAAUGAUGAUGAUAUCCAACGGCUCAGAAGAUACGGUAAAGCUGUUGGUAUUCUAUAUCAAGUGGUGGAUGAUAUUUUAAAAGAGAAGGCAAAGGGUGAAAAGAGUAAUGGGGAGAUGAAAAGGAAAAAGAAGAGCUAUGUAAGUGUUUAUGGGUUGGACAAGGCUGAGAAAGUAGCAGAGGAUUUACGAGCUCAAGCAAAGAAAGAGUUGGAUGGUUUUGAAAAUUACGGAGAAAAGGUACUCCCGCUUUACAGCUUUGUGGAUUAUGCAGCAGAGAGAGGAUUUAGUGUGGGUGGGUGAGAUAUGAAUAUUACGAUGAUUAGGUAUGCCUUGCUUCCUUUCAACCUUGAAUAGGUCUAUUGAUCUGAAAAAGGUCGUGAUUUUCCAUUGAUUUUGUAAAUUAGGAGGUAUUUAAGUGUAAGAUCUGUAAGUAGAGGUCUCAUAUGGAAGAAAUUUUACUACAUGAGUGAAUUUUUAUAGUGUUAGUCUGUUGGAUGAUCCCCCUUGUCAGUAAAUAGGGAUGUGUAGUUGGAUAUUCAUUAAGCUGCUUCUCAAGCUGAGGAGCUAGUAUAUUUUGCUAUGUUGGAUAAAAAAAACUUCCACCUCACAACUAUUGUAGAAAUGAUAUAUUGGCUGUUUCCAUGAUCA